AUGUGGUCAAGGGUGUGGCCAUCCUGGUCGGUGGGGGCUCAAAUUGAGGUUGUUGGAGCCUUAGGAGGAGACACCUACUGCUACGGGUUUGGGGUGAUGCACCCGGACCACUCGAUACGUCGGAUACCAAGAGCUCAAUGUUCAGACAAAUGUCUCCCCGGGUUCAGGAAAGCAGUAAAGAUUGGAGCCCAGUCCUGCUGUUAUGAUUGUGUCCCAUGUUCUGAGGGAGAGAUCUCCAAUACAACUGACAGUGAAAACUGCAUCAGAUGCCCAGAUAUGGAAUGGCCCAAUGAAAACCGGAAGAAGUGCAUUGAAAAAAUGGAAGAAUUUCUCUCAUAUACAAAUGAUGUGCUGUCUGUGUUUUUUUCAUUAGUUUCUUUUCUCCUUUUUGUUAUAACUCUGCUCAUAUUGAGAAUUUUCUUUUCACACCAGGAAACCCCCAUAGUGAGAGCCAACAACAGAAGCCUGAGCUUUCUCCUCCUUGUCUCCAUCAAGCUGAGCUUCCUCAGUGUGUUUCUGUUCCUCGGUCGCCCUGUGGAUAUAACCUGUAUGGUGCGCAUCAUCAUUUUUGGAAUCACCUUCUCCAUAGCUGUCUCUUCUGUUCUGGCCAAGACUAUCAUGGUUUGUGUUGCUUUCAAAGCCACCAAGCCAGGGAGCUCAUGGAGAAAAUGGGUGGGAGUCAAAUUGUCCAACUCUGUAGUCUUGUUCUGCUCAUCCAUUCAAAUAAUAAUCUGCAUGACUUGGUUGUCCAUUUCUCCUCCCUUUCAGGAACUGGACCUUCACACUUACCCUGGAACCAUCAUCAUUCAGUGCAAUGAGGGCUCAGCUAUUGGCUUUUACUCAGUUAUUGGGUAUAUGGGGCUUCUGGCAGCUGUUAGUUUUGUUUUAGCAUUUUUAGCUCGGACAUUACCGGACAGUUUUAAUGAGGCCAAGUACAUCACUUUCAGCAUGUUGCUCUUCUGCAGUGUUUGGAUCACAAUGAUCCCGGCCUAUCUGAGCACCAAAGGCAAAAACACUGUGUGUGUGGAGAUAUUUGCCAUACUCACCUCAAGUGCUGGACUUUUAUUCUGUAUAUUUCUGCCAAAAUGUUAUAUAAUUUUAUAUAGACCUGAAAUGAACACAAAAUCUUUUUUACUCGGAAAUAAAGCCUGA